AUGAUCAACCACGUUGAUGCUAUACAUGGCUCUUCUAAAUUGAGUUUUGAAUUGGAGUGCUUGCAGUGUGUCAGAGAUGGAUUCAGUGUCAUUGAUAUGGAUACAGAUGACAAGGUUAUAAACCUGGAUACCAAUUUUGAGGAUCCUCAGCUUUGUGCAAUUAUUGCUUCUGAUAUUUACAAGAACUUGCGAGCUUGUGAGGUUAAGAAAUGA